GUGAGAAUUUUUUUCAAAAAACUGUCAUAAUUGCUGAUGAUAUUUUUCUAGUUUUUUUAGCGGUUGACGACAUAGAUCAUUGUGAAACAUUAGAAGGUGUUAUCCAGUCUGACAAUGAGAUGACCAAAAUAUAACAUGAAGAAACUGUUCCCUUUCAAAAUUGAUUCAGCGGGGACUCAGAACCCUUACAUUGGCAAGGUUUUCACAGUUGGGAGGUUUACAGUUACAGUAGAGGAUGUCAUAGCAGAGGGUGGUUUUGCAAUAGUAUUCUUGGUGAAAGCACAGAAUGGAAAUCAUUAUGCACUCAAAAGAUUGUUUGUAAACAAUGACCAUGAUCUGACAGUCUGCAAAAGAGAGAUACAUAUAGCUAAAACACUUAGUGGUCAUAAGAACAUCAUCAGCUAUGUGGACUCUAGCAUUUCUAUGGCACCUAACAAAGUAUAUGAGGUGAUGUUGUUGAUGCAGUACUGCAGAGAUCAUGUGAUACAACAGAUGAAUGAAAAAAUAAACUCAGGCUUUUCAGAAAAAGAGGUUCUGAGGAUAUUUUGUGAUGUAUGUGAGGCAGUGGCCAGGUUACAUCACUGUCAGACCCCAAUAAUACACCGAGAUUUGAAGGUUGAGAAUAUUUUGGUGUCUGACAGUGGACAUUAUGUACUGUGUGAUUUUGGGAGUGCAACUGCGAAAGCUGUUGUACCUGGUCAACAAAAUGUCCAGCAGAUUGAAGAGGAAAUCAGAAAGUACACCACAGUUUCCUACAGAGCUCCAGAAAUGGUUGAUUUAUACGGAGGAAAACCAAUUACCAUAAAAAGUGAUAUCUGGGCUCUUGGUUGUUUACUCUACAAGUUGUGUUUCUUCACUUUGCCAUUUGGUGAAAGUACCUUAGCUGUCCAGAGUGGAAAUUUCACUAUUCCUGAUGAUUCACGAUACUCAAAGAUGAUGCAUUCUCUUAUUGCAUAUAUAUUGGAGGUUGACCCAGAAAAGCGUCCAGAUAUAUAUCAGGUGUCCUGGCUGGCAUUUAGUAUGUCCCACAGAGAUUGCCCAGUCCCUAACAUGAAUGGUGCACCUUUGCCAGAUCUAAGUAGAUUACCAGUUCCUCUAACAGAAUCAGAAUCCAGACAAGUCAAAACUUCAUCUUCAAAAAAUACCCCUGUCCAGCCAAUUGAGAGCACAACUGUAACCCCAAGGUCACGACCUAAAGGUCAAGCAAUGCCACAGACCAAUUCCCUGAACUUACCCAUACAAACAUCUGUAGUGCCAAGAAAACGUCCAACGCCUACAAACCCAACCCCUCCCAUGCAACCAAAUAAAGCAGAACCAAUGAAAGGUACUGUACCACAGCAAGCCUAUAGGAACCCUGCACCAGUUCAGCAAAUACCUCCACAACAGGCAAGCUCAACUGUGUCAGGGGGACCCAGGCCUCAGUACUUCCCAGGUCAGCAACAAAAUGUGUACCAGGCCCCUACUGUGAAUCAGUUUCAGGGAAAUCAUCCUGGCCAAUAUCAACCUCCAAGUGGUCCAAUGUCACAAACUAACUACAUGUCCCAGCAACAAGGAGUUGUGCCCCCUCAACAACAGGGAUUGGUACCCCCGCAACAACAGGGAAUGAUGCCCCCUCAACAACAGGGAGUGAUGCAACAAGGGGUGGUGCGUUCUCAACCACAAGGAGUGGUGUCCUCUCAGCAACAAAGAGUGGUGCACCCUCAACAACAAGGAGUGGUUCACCCUCAACAACAGAGAAUGAUGUACCCUCCACAACAAAUGAACUAUGCACAACAACAGCAGCUGUAUUAUCAGCAGCAGAAUCCAGCUAAUGUGACACAACCCACGCCUGCUCAGAGUCGUGUGUCCCAGCAGGCAGUCCCCCAAAGCCAUAUUACACACUCCACAAGUAAUUCUCAGAUGUACCCCCCUUAUUCUAGUCAGGAAAAUGAGGCUCAGAAGCAAAGAAGGGAACAUUAUGUGCAGCUACAAGACUCCACUAAUGUACAAAAUAAUUCUAUUAGAAAUGAUGUAUUUAAAAAACCCACUGUGCCACAUUCCAAACCAAGAAGUGAAACAAAAGAAAAUACUGAUUCACAACCCCUGAUCUCCAUAACACCUCCUCCAUGUUCCCCAAAGCCUCACAAAACACACAAGCGUAAUGUUAGUGACACAGCCUACCUCACCAUGGGAGGCAAGGGCAGUGCUUUCAAGGCAUAUCACUCCAAUAGGAAUUUCCUGCCUGCUCCUCAGCACAAUAAGUGUAAAUCAGCCUCCACCACCCCCAUACACUCUCCUCCAAGGUCUCCAGGUAUGACACGAGCUGUAUCAGCAGAUAUAGCAGAGUGGAAUCCAUUCGAUGACAACUUUGGAGUAGAUACAGAAGAGGAAUUAUUUGGAAAAGAGUUUGACAAACUGAGGAGAGGAUCUAACAGCAGUAUAUCAAAUGUCAAGAGUAGAGAAGACCUAGUCAUGUCAGGGUCGGAUUCUUCUGAUCCAUUUGAAAAAGCACCCUUUAAAAAACCAGGUCAUGUAAGGCAUGGCAGCAGCUCUGGUAGUGAACCCCAUAGAAGUGCCAACAGUUCCCAGUCAGGAGGUAAAGAUGAAGAUGAUCAAACAAAGAAGAUGGAAGAUCAUGUGGACAACUCUGGUAAUCAGUUCUUCCCUGCAACAUUGAUGAAGGCUGCACUGAGUCUGGGCUCUCGUUACCAGAAGUUUGUUGACACAGACGAGGAUAAAGAAGAGAAACCAUCAGCUGUGAGGGAAUCUGCUGAAUCAAAGCACAAGGAACACGAAUCAAGUUCCUCUUAUGCUGAGGAUGAUCAUCCCAUCAAUCAAGUUCAGAACACAAAGAAAGAUUUUAGCUAUCAGGAGCUGGAUGAUGAAUAUGGGAGUCGGCCUGUUCCUGUGACAUCUAAGCGCAAGGAAGGGGAGUGGAACAUUGAAAAUGAACAGACUCAGAGCAAUGCGACUUCAGUUCCAGGACAAGGCCAAUUGCCUACAGACAGGAUUAUGGGACAUGAGUACGGAGUAAGACCUCUUCUGGAUGAUGAUGAGCUGGAGGAUGACUUUAGACCGCCUCACUUUCAUGGCAGUGUGGAGAUUGGAUUCUCACAUGAACAUGACAGUGAUGACAGUCAUGAAGGAAGUAGCAACAGUACUGUGUCCCCGCAAGUAGGACUUAGUCCUGCAAUGUCUCCAACGGUUAACGACAAGGAAAAAAGUGACCCAUUUACUGCUGCUCCAUUCAGGAAAAGGUUUUCAAAGAAAAAAUCUACAACAAAUAAUGUUUUAUCCACAAAAUCUUCCAUGAAAGAGUGUGAUCCAUUUGCUAAAGCUCCAUUUCAUCCUAACUUCCUACCAAAGUCUAAAACACAUCAUUCUGUAGGAGGGGGUUCAAGUCCUUUAUUACAAACAAAUGAAGACAAGAAAAAAGUGGAUGUGAGCAAGGAUUUAGCUGCAAGUAUUCCAUAUGCGACUCUUCCAAGAAAAUCAAACUCGCGCAUUUUAUCUGGCUCGUCUUCUGUAGGAAUGUCUCCUGAUGGGGAGAAGGCCUCUCCGGACACUUUAUUUACAGCGGAUCCCAUGUACACAAAAUCCAGUCAUUCCAGUGUUAAGGGCGGCUCCUCUGUACAGUAUCAUUCACUGACAACCGAUGAUCCAUUCCAGUCUGUUCCAUUCAAACCCAAAUUGAAGAAGACUAGAUCAACAAAAGAGUCCAUUAACAUCAUGGAUAUGGCAAUACCACCUACAGAACCUGCAAAACCAGUGCAAGAAAUCUCGAAAAGAUCUACCCCAUCAAAGACCAGUAUACCAAAAUCUCAUUCCUUUGGGUCAAUGGGUUCCAUAACUCCCUCCAAGCCCAACAGACCCCUCCCUUCCCGGACAUCUGGAGAUAAAUUGUACCAGCAGUUAGAAGAGUUGACCAUUGACAGGGAUGAUAGGCAAUUCUCCACUGCCAGCCCUCAACCUGGUGACCAUCUUAUCACCAUGGAUGACUCAUCUGAUGACAGUUUUGAAAGUGAACUCUCCAAAUCAAAAUCCAAAGGAAGGAAAAGCCCAAAAGAUUACAUGGAAUCUGGGUUUUCCAAUAUGAGUUUUAAUGAUGAUGAACUAGCAGAGUCAAUGGACUCCUUUUCCUCUCAGACUGCCAGUGUUAGAGAUCUCAAUAUUGCAAGUAUACGACACCCAGCAUUCUCAAAAGAAAACUCCCCAAUGUCAGUAACGAAAGCAUCUACUGAGCCAUUAAAAGUAAGCUCCGGUGGUUAUGACACUUUUACAUGGCCUCGGAAGCAGAGGAAGUUAGCAACAAAUGAACCAUUUAGUUCAAAAAAGAAGAUAGAUGCUGUUUGAUAAUGGAGGAUCUGUUUUUAUUUAUUGUUAAAUAUAAGGUUGUUCCAUUAGAUUUGUGAUAUAUUCCACUUACAUUGUAUAAUUAUUGUUAUCUUUUCUUCGGGGUACACUGAGAUUCUGUGGUACCUUUACUUCUUUUUUGUUACUUUUUACUUAGAUUUAAUAUUGAUAUUUUAUCAUUCUUUUGCUUUCUGUUCUAGUUACACUCUCAGUGUUAUCCUAUAUUAGCGAUGUUGAAGGUAAUCUAUGCAUUUUUUGGAGCUUAUAAAUUUUUGCUUAUGCUAUGUCAGAGAUUUUGUAAUAAUAUUUCUUUCUUCCCAUAGCAGAAGGUUCUGUCAAGUUUAGUUGAAAUUUUUACAUUGUAUAACAAUAAGAGCCUUGAUUAAUGGGCAAAUCAAAUGCUGGGGUAAACAGACUUUAGUUCAUCUGUAGCAAGACUGCAUAAUGCAUUGUAGGUGCUAUAACUUUUAUUGGUGGAAGUGAUUGUUUCCCAAAUUCCCAUUCUUGAGUUCUCUGUUACUGUUCUUUCUUUUUUUUUACAGCUAUUACAGGAGUAUUUAUAAUAGAGUUAUCGGCAUUCUUUAAAUUCAAGAAAAGGAGAUAUUCCUCUUUGUAAUUUUUUUAUAACAUUUAUUUCAUCAUUAAGAAAACUUCAAAUGUUUUUCAUAUUUAAGAAAAGGUCAAUUGUGUUCAGUAUUCUUGGAAUGAUAAAUGUUGUGUAACUGAAGCAAGUUAAGUGUGAAAGUUAAAUAUUACUCUGUGGUUAAUCUCCUGACAGGUACAGAUCACAGGAAAUCUUUUUUUUUUUUUUUUGGUGGAUUCUCUUUUUUGAAUUUGGUUUAGAAUCAAUGUUAAAUUUUUUCUGCAUCUCAAGCAAUGGCUUGAACAAUAAAUGAAUUGCAGAGAUACGUAAAAGAUUUUAUGAUGUUUUUUUUUUCGAAAUUAUCCUGUUAAAGUUCAUUCUGUAUCUCAAGCAAUAACUUGAACAAUAAAUUGGGCAAGAUCCUGCUGUUUCGUUUUUUUAGUUUCAGCAAUACCCUAUUGUAACGCUAAUUUAUUUCUUAUAAUACAGUAGUCGUAAUCAAACUGUGAUAUUUAAUCCUUUGUUUCUUCUGUUCACUGCUGUAAUUUUAAUGAUUUUGAUUUUUUUUUCAUUGUUCCAUCCAUUUGUCAUAUGUUGAGAAAUGUACAUACUUUUAUGGAUACAAAUAAAUCUGCUAGAAUGUUA